AAAGUAUUCCUCUCAGCCUUCAGACCUCACUCUGCAACAUUCUCCCUUGAAGAGAAGGUAGGCAUUGCUGUCCCAGCCAGCAAGCACCCAGCCCGAAAGCACAGACAUGGAGCCGUCUGUGUACAUGGAUACAGUGUAUGCUGAGAAGCAGAAGAUGGAAAAGGCGGAGAAGAAGGAGAGUAUCUGCCUGGAAGUAGUGGCCCUAGUCGUCGGCUUCAUCGGUCUGAUCGGCGUGUCAGCUGUGACAGGGCUUCCCAUGUGGAAGGUGACGGCCUUCAUCGGGGAGAACAUCAUCGUCAUGGAGACGCGCUGGGAGGGCCUGUGGAUGAACUGCUACCGGCAGGCCAACAUCCGGAUGCAGUGCAAGGUGUACGACUCGCUGCUCUACCUGCCGCCCGAUCUGCAGGCGGCCCGCGGACUCAUGUGUACCUCAGUGGCUCUUACCUGCUUCGCUGUGAUAAUUUCAGCAGUGGGCAUGAAGGGCACCAAGCUGGUAGAGCACAGCCCCCGACUUAAGCAUCUGAUCCUUGUAGUGGGCGGCUGCCUCUUCCUGGCUGCUUGCAUCUCCACCCUCAUCCCCGUCUCUUGGACUGGUCAUGUCAUCAUCCAGGACUUCUACAACCCUCUGCUGAUCAACGCUCAGCGCCGCGAGCUCGGGGAGGCACUCUACAUCGGCUGGGUCACCUCCGGUAUACUCUUCGCCGCCGGCAUGAUCCUGGUGUGUCGUCAUGCUCCUCGCACUCAAGACGACUACCAGAAGAAAAUGUACCAGGCCGGCUCGGUACCGUACGCCUACACCUACAGGCCGGACUACACCUACCAGCCUGCGUACACCUACAAACCUGCGUACAACUACCAGCCAGCUUAUUCCUACCAGGCUGUCCACUCCCCGAUACCCCCUCCUGGUUCAGUCAUUUAUGCCCCUGCUCAUCAGUACAUCUGAAGCUGGGGAUCCUUCAAAGGGGAUCCAUGGAUCCAUGUGCUGGAGAUACACGGGUCUGGGAAGGAUGGAGAAAGAAUCUGGAAUGCAACGGACCACGAAAAACUGCUUUAAAUUUUUGCUUAACUCUUCAUUGACUCUGUGUUGGUAUCGAGGUCAGAACGAUCGCAAUACGCACACCUGCGUUACAUGGUGACUAUUUUGUAUAUGUUAAUUGCUUAAUUAAUCACGAAAGUUGCAUAGAUGAGGGGAAGUUGGGCAAAUAGCCUGUUUAUAAAUGAGCCCAGUAUGAUUUCAUGUAUAUUAUAACCAUAGACCUGUGGCUUCAUUAGAAAGAAUAAAUGUAAUACUAAAGCCUGUAAUACCCAAGAGACAUCAAAUGAUACUCCUGGUCUACUUGACUGCUCUUUAGAGUAGAAUUUGCAUGCUUGCAUUGUUUUUACAAGCAGUUUAUCAGAGUAUAAAUGCCAAACUAUACUGUAUGUUUGAACAUUUUUGCCUGGGUGAGGUAGAUGAUAAAUAUAUACAGGUUUGCCUGCGUUGUUGUUGAGUCUUUCUUUGUGCUGUAUGGUUUGUGACGUCUUCACAGCAGCUGUAAAAUUGUGAUAAUAAAAGUUUUUGGUAUAUUUUUUCAAGUCA